AUGACCCCUACAGCGAACGGCAAUGAACGCCCGGAAGUCCUGCUCUUAGGCUUCGGUGGCGUGGGCGUCAUUUACUCAUACAUUCUUCAGAAGGGCGGUGCCAACGUCACGGCUGUAUGCCGCAGUAAUUACGAGACCGUGCGCGAGAAUGGUAUCGAUAUCUUCUCUGAUAAGUUUGGUGAGCACCGUGGCUGGCGGCCUACACGCGUCGCCCGGUCUCCUGAGGAGGUGGCUUCGAUUUCCUUUGACUAUAUUGUGUGCUGCUUCAAAUGCGUUCCUGAUGUGAAGCCGAACAGUGAGGUGAUGCGUCCCUUCCUGGAGAUGAACAAGCGCAACAACCCAGCGCGUCUCCCCAUGGUUGUUCUUAUUCAAAAUGGCGUGGACAUCGAAGAGGAAGCGCACCAAGCGUUGGUGCAGGCUAGUGAUCCUCUCGCUAGCUGCAUUGUCAGUGCCGUCUCGUGGAUUGCCGUCACGCUGCUCGGGCAAGGUACUCGCAUCGAGCACGGUCUGAUGGAAUCUCUCACGGUGGGUCUGUAUCCCAGCCCACUAGACAACCCUGUGCCCGCGCCGCUGGCCGAGAGUCUUCGUACAUUUGUCACUCUCGCCGAAAAUGGUGGGGGUGACAUCCUGGCCACCAAUGACAUCGAAUCCAAGCGAUGGCACAAGAUCAUGUGGAAUAUCAGCUGGGGCGGCGUAUGUCUCAUGUCUCGUCGUCCUGUGCAGGAGCUGCUCCAGGCAGAGACGAUGCCGUAUACACUGGGUGUCGUGCGUGGUAUCAUGCUGGAGAUGAUCGGCAUUGUGCGUGCCUCUGGGAUUGGCGAGGAACGCGUAUCGGUGUCCUUGAUUGACCAAGUCGUGGGUAUGACGAUGAGUGCUACACGUGCCAAGAUUCGUGUGCGACGCUCGCCAGAUGUGUUCCUUGAGCGCCAUACGAAGUCUUAUGCCCGACCAGACUUUAAGCCGAGUAUCCUCGUCGAUCUGGAAAAUGGGCGGCCUAUGGAGCUGGAGCCCAUUUUUCUCAACAUGAUUCGCCGCGCUCGGCGUCUUGGGGUGGAUACACCGCGCUUGGAUCUGAUUGCUGCGGCCGCGAAGCCGAUUCAGCUGGAGUUGGUACGGAAGCAACGUGGCGAAGAUCAUGCUGCCUUGAUUUUAGAUGAAGAGGCCAUUUAUGAUGCGAAUCCGAACGAAAAUUUCACGGGCUGCGCACCUACAUUGUCUUCAUAG